AUGCAUUUAUCCGAAUUGAAAUUGUUCUGCAUAUGUUGUUCAUUAGCAUUUGCAUGCAAUUUCCAGUAUGGAUUCUCAUCAACCUACUUCAACACACCGGUCACCUCAUUCAAGCACUAUCUCAAUGCAUCAAUCACUCAAAAAGGUUUCACCUUCAAUGAGUCAACCUAUGAAUGGGUGUGGAAUCUGCUACUGAACAUUUGGUUCAUUGGCUUCUUCUUCGGCAUAUGGCUAUCACCCAUUCUCAAUGAUCGAUUCGGUCGAAAAGUUGGAUUUCUGUUUGGUACCGUACUGAGUCUGCUAGCGUCAAUUCUCCGAUAUCUGGGUAUUAUAUACCUCUUGCCAGAACUGUUAUUCGUUGGUCGAAUCAUCGUAUCGAUCACCGCUGCGGUUAUGUAUCAGUCUCUAAUACUCUACAUACAGGAAUGUUCACCUACGCGAUUACGUGGAAUGAUGAGUUUCACCACCGAGAUGUCCUAUUCGUCGAUGUGUGUCCUUGGAUUGGCCUUAGGCACUGAUCAGAUCUUUGGACAAAAACUCAACUAUUUACUGGGAAUGGUGAUUAUACCAUGUGUAUUGGCUGUGCUGGUGAUUGUUCCGAUUCCUGAAACACCGAAAUUUUUGUUGAUCACAAGAAAUGAUCGGAAGGCUGCAAUCCGCUCAAUGCGGUUUUUCCAUGGGUCACAGGUGGACGUCGAAAGUGUUAUCACUGAAAUCGAGAAGGAAACUGAAGACAAGAGUUCAUCAUCGCUGAAAGAAAUUGCGACUACACCACAUUUACGCAAAGCUGCAGUAAUUGCUUGUUGCGCGCUACAGGUACCGCAAAUUAUUUUCUUGCGAUAA